AUUAAAAUAAAUUAGUCGCGGCAGUUUUAAUUAAACGUUAAAACUACAACGAGGUAAAAACAACUGCAGAGUGAAAACAGUGAAAGCUGCGCGCCCACCAUCCUAACACUCAAACCAACAUGGCGGCGUCCUUGAGCAGCGCAGCGAGCGCGAGUCUGCUGAGGACGGCCCUCCGGUCCGGUUCGCUGUGCGGCUCCUCUGGCAGCAGAGCGCUCCACCUGUCUGCAGCGCGCUGCAAGAAUCAAGCCGCUCGCGCCCGCGUGGGCAAAGGAGACCGACCGCUGACGUACGAGCAGGCGCUGCCGCCGCAUCAGAUCGGCCACCGCAAAGGAUGGCUGUCCCUCCACCCGAGUAACCUGCGUGGCGAGGAGGGCGCGGCCGACCGCACCGUGGAGGACGUGUUCGUGCGGCGCUUCCUGUUUGGGACGUUUCACGGUUGCCUGGCCAACGAGGUCGUGAUCAAGCGCCGUGGCAACGUGCUCGUGGUGUGCGCCCUCAUGCUGCAGCGGAUGCCGCCGCCCAAGUUCUACUUCCUCAUUGGCUACUCGGAGGCGCUGCUGGCACACCUGUACAAGUGCCCCGUGAAGCUGGAGGUGCAGACGCUGCAGGACAAAACCGUGUACAAGUACCUCUGAGGACUCGCGAUGACGUCAUCCUUCAGCCGCUGUGAAUAAAACUGAAGAUGACGCAUGAGUUUAAUGAACUGUGUGUACUUAUACACCGCAGCUCCAGAUGAUAUUUACAUUUGGAAAUGUAACAAUAUAACAUCUUGUAGCACAACACAAUUAAACAUAUUUAUACACUAAAGCCA